GUUGCGUUCGAUUGUUUGGGAAAGACGCAGCGAAAACAUCGUCGCACACUGCCUGCUGCCAUAUUCCAGCCGUUUCUUAUUGAUUUUUAUCCCUAAUUAAUUGACGCAGGAGUUACUAAUUGUGGCACUAAGUGCUGUGCGUCCUUUCCCGUCUCUUCUGUCAGUGCGUUGAUAUUCUGCAGAGAAGAAAACCUGAUGCAUGAUGAUAACGUGAGGGGAUUGUGGCUGGGUUUCGCGCACGUUCUGGUGGGAAGAGCGUUGCGUCUGGUAUCCCGUCAGAUUUCUUAUCGUGAGUUCUGUACAUAAUAAUUGGGGAAAAUGGUCAUUUUUCGCAAAGAUCCCUGCGGUAUUAUGACGGUGGUGUUGGCGUACGCGGCGCUAAUCUACGCGGACUAUGUGGUGGUGUUUUGGCUCGUUCUGCACACCAUGGAUGGCAGUUUAUGGGGCACGGUGCACGCGGUGCUGUUCAACGUGUGCAUCUUCCUGUGCUUUCUGGCGCACAUCCGCUGCAUGCUCACCGAUCCCGGGGUGGUGCCGCGGCCGGCCGAGAAGGAUCGGCUGUCGUUGCGGCUGCAGCGCCAGAACAGCCACAACCACCACAGUCAUCAUCAGCCGCCGCCGCCAACGGAGCGGAUGGCGCCGCGCGCUUCAUUGGAGAUCAGCGUGGUGGAGGCCCCCUCCAAGACGCACUCGCACAGCCGCGGCACGGAGGUGGACGGGGAUGCGGAGGAGUCGGAGAAUCUCUACGAUUUCAGCGGGGUCUAUCUGGGCGCCUAUCCGCGCUCGCGCACAUCGCAGAGCGGUGUGGAUGGGAAGAACAUGACGAUCUGUCAGCGCUGCGACAUGUUCCGGCCGCCGCGCGCCCACCACUGCCGCAUCUGUCAGGGCUGCAUCCGCAAAAUGGACCACCACUGUCCGUGGAUCAACAACUGCGUGGGCGCCUACAACCAGAAGUACUUCCUGCAGUUCCUCGUGUGGGUGGCCGUGGCCAGCGUCUACGCCGGCGCCCUGACCGUCUACUCGUGGGUGGCCACCUGCACGGACUGCGAGCAGCCCGGCGGAUUCCAGCAGUCCUCGCUGAUGUGGACGGUGGGUCUGAUGGUGGAGAGCUGCAUCUUCGGGUUGUUCGUGUGCGUGAUGCUGGUGGACCAGCUGUCGGCCAUCAUCAAGGACGAGACCGGCAUCGAGGCGCUCAAGCAGUCCGGCUCGUACCGGCGCGACGUGCACGCCGUGCAGCUGCUGCGCGAGGUCUGCGGGCAGGGCUGGAUGCUGGGCUGGCUGUGUCCCUGCCAGGGCCUCCACCACCCCCCCGCCGGGGACCGCGCGGAGCCCCUCCCGGCCUCCACCCCCUCCGACCACCACCGCGGCCCGCCCCUCCUCCCGCACACCACCACAAUGCACAUCCACGAUGCCGCCGCCAUCGUCUAAGCGGACAACAAUUUAUUCACCAAAUUUUUUUGGGAAGAACGUUUAUCCAGAAAAAAAUUUGUGGGGAAGAAAACUGAACGGUUUUCUAUGCAGCGCUUCUGUCUUUGUCGUGGUGCUGUUAUCCUGUUGUUUUUUGGAGAUUAAUUUGUCCCGGUGCAAGGAUGUACUCUGUAGAUAGGUUUUAUUUCGUCAUUUGCAGUUGUUUUGAUUUAUUUUUGGCUUUUGAACGGCGGCUAGUGAUUUCGGAUUCAAGCAGUAUUGUGCUGA